AUGUGUCACAAUGCGCCGGCAAUUUACAAUAAAUGGGCGGAAAGUGUUUCAUCGUCACUAAUCGACGUAUCAAUUCAAACUUAUUCGGGUGUCAAUUUAAGUGAUCCACAACAACGCGAUGAAAUCCUCUAUCCAACGUAUCGCUUUAAUAUGCAUGUCAUCGACUUUUAUCUCGCCAAAUUCGUUUUUCCGCGUGAAGCAAAAACAUUUGAAUAUAAGCUGAUGUGUUCCACUUGGGAUUUAUGCAGUUUUGCUUUGGAACAUCCCUUAAGAGGAUUUUCAGGUACGAAUGACACCAAAAAUAUUCUGCCGAUGUCAGUGGAGCAAAACGAUCUGCCCGAACUCGAAAGUACCAACGAAGAAGUUCGUAAAACACUUUUGCUACCUGAGAAUCAAGAUUACAAGGCACUCGAAGCAAACGUAAGUGGCAGAGCCAUAAUUGGACAAUUGGUGGAUUGCGAAAUACCGGUGCUUUUAGAUUCAGGUGCUUUAAUGUUGGAAUUGAAUAACCAACAAGUGGCAAAAGAAUGGUUGGCAUUAGCUCCUGACACUUUCUUCGAUGCAGCGGUUUUUUUCGACACAAAUGAUGUGAUUCAAACAAUUGAUCGCAAAGAAAUCGUAACGGAAUUCGAUUGCUCAGUUUAUCGCGAAAAGUUGAACAGAUGCUUGGUGUAUUUGGACGAUGUGCAUACGCGUGGCACCGAUUUAAAAUUCCCAUUGAAUUGGAAGGCGUGCGUCACUUUGUCGGGUGAUAUAACGCGAGAUAAAACGGUGCAGGCGUGCAUGCGAAUGAGGCAGCUGGGUAAAGGGCAAUCGAUUGCAUUUUGGGCUUCAUAUGAAGCUGAUUUGAAAAUACAAAAGCUUUGCGAAUCCAAAGCAAAGCCACACGAAUGUACACCAAAUCAACAUGUAGUCGAAUUCAUUUGCAACAAUAGUAAAACGGUCGAAACGGAAAAUACGGUACAUUGGGCUGCUGGUGCACAUAACUACACCAAAAAGCUAAUCGGACACUUAACUUGUGGGAAUCAUAACGAUAGACUGUCAUUGGAUCACCUUCUGCGCACGGUCAUUGAUGGUGAGAUAACAAAACUUGAAGAUAUGUAUGGCGAUAAACAAGAAGCACCAUUGGCCGACAUCACCAGAAAUAAAUUCAAUAAGUUGGCUCGAGACUUUAGCGAUUUUCGAAAUGUUAUCACGAACCUUGAAAAUAGUGUGCAAAAAAAAGUAGAGAAGCAAGCUAGCAAUGUGAAGCGUUUCGUUCAAGGAUUGGACGAAGAGCAGGAGAGAGAGCUGGAAAAAGAGAUGGAACUCGAACAAGAAUGUCAGAUUGAAAGGCCGAAUCGAAUGAGUCCUGUGAAACCCGAAUUCGAUAAAAAAUUGCAACACUUCAUUUCGGAAGGUGCAACAACAACUAUUUUGUCCGAUUUGUUGAAAAGACAGUGCUUAAUUUCACUCGGAAAGAGUCUCGAAAACUCUCAGCUCAUUCGUAACCAUGUUGAUGAAACGAAGGCAUGGUCUGAUUACAUAUUUGUAACAAAAGACUUUACGCAAGUUUGUACGAAGUGCGAGAGAUAUUAUGGUUUCCAUUCGAGUUUGUGGUCCGCAGACGAUUAUUCGUUGUAUCAUUCUCAACCAUCGCGUGCCAAAGACGCAUAUAUGCGUCCGAUUUGGUGGAUAGCUCGAGUCGAAGAUCGCACAAGUGGAAAGUAUUAUUUAAUACUUUUGAGCUCCUUCGAAUGCGAUCGACUACUUUCCACAUUUAAAAAGAGCAAAAAUGCGGCCCUGUUCCUGUACCGACCAAAAUUGAGUAAAUUCCACAAUGACUUGCUUCAUCAAUCAAAAUUACAAGUCAGUGCAAUGACAACCAUUCCACGUAUUGAUAUUCAUGAUCAAGUACAGAUCGCAAUGUAUUCAGGAGCGAUGUAUUUCAACAAUAAAUCGGAACAAAAUGCAUAUUGUAACUUCUUAGGUUUAAUUCCUCGACCAAGACCUGAUGAAUUUGAAGCAGAUAUAUUUGAGUCGAACGGCUUUGUCCCGCCUAAAAAUCGAUCACAUUCAACAGCUAUUUCGAAUGCUGUUGGCAAAUGCAAAUUCAACAAAAAUCCCGCUGAUUUGGCUAUAAAAUUAAUUCAAGCGCAUCAUUACGCACUGCCCGAAGAAUGUCAUGCAUUCUCAAUUCUCAAACAAGGUUUGGGUGAUUUAACCUACUGA